AUGGCACGUGAUCAAAAUGUCGACAUCAACGCAUCAAUUCAUUCUAUCUUCAUCGCUGGCACACCACGAGUAUUCCCUAUUCUAGAAAUGCCUGCUACGGACUCGGCAGCAAUAGUCGUAGCUCGGUUCCUCAGAGCCAACCAUUACAAUGAGACUCUCAAAGCGUUCCUGGCAGAAUCAGGUUUGCCCGAGGAGGCGGCAAUCACCAAAAAGGGCGACUGGACGAUAGAAAAGAUCCUCGAAGAGAAGCGGCAGUAUGAUUCCAGUCUCGAAUACGAGAAGAAAGGCGACGAACAGAUGACCGGCUGGCCACUCCCAGCGCCAUCAAAGGCAACCGAGCCAGGCUUCCUGAUGACUUCAAAUGUACUAUGUGUGAGCGGCGACGGCAACGGUGAGUUCGAAGACGACAUCAUCUGGGCGACUGGCGCGGACCGGUCCUGGUCGUCCAUGGUAUCCUCGCCUCCAUUCUCGUUGGCGCAGUCCAUCUCAAAUGCGCACGGGAGUCCAAUCUUGUCCAUACGCUCCAUGACCAAGGGUUUUAUAUUGUCGACCUCCAUGUCGGGACAGCUCAUGAUGCACGACCGGAGAGGGCGGCUGCUCGACAAAUGCCGCGACCACCUGAAGUAUGCGGUCCAGGUGGUUUCAGGACGUGCGCGGAACGGCAAAUGGAUCGUGGCGACCGCCGGUUGGGAUCAAAAGGUCCACAUCUACGCGCCAGAGCAGGAGCUGGCAGAGAACUUCGACGUGAAUGAAGUCGACGCCAUUGACGAUGAACCGUACAUUGAUGGACUCCUGCGCGAUCCUAUACACACCCUCUCCAUGCCAUCCAAUCCCGAGUCAAUGGUCCUUGUCCGGCAUCCUGACACCGGUGACCUUUAUCUGAUCGUCUCCCGCCGAGACUCGACGUUCUUAUACUACUAUUGUAUAACACCUACCUCGGAUGAGGCUUCUUCAUCGAGGACAAGUCAAGCGACGUACUCUGUCCAGGAGACUGGUAAGCAGAAUCUGGCACCACACGCAAACGCAUGGAUUGCCUUCUCCCCAGCAUGCCUAGCAGUCUGCCCGACAGACCCUACCUUGUUAGCCGUGGCCACAUCUCAUCUUCCACACAUGAAAGUCAUCAUCGUCCGUCUCCUCUUUCCGUCGAGUUCACACAGUCUGGGUUCCAAUUUCGCGGCUGUUUCUGCUUCGUCCGAAUUAGUAACUCCCGCGGCUCAGGCUCGAGCCGAUCUCGCGUUGCAAGACCGCGAAGAUGCUGCGAUCAAGCUACAUGUGACGACAAUGGCCCCUCAGACUCCAUACUCGACUCCACAAGUGGUUUGGCGCCCUGGUGGUCACGGCGUCUUUGUGAAUGCUGACGACGGGGUCGUUCGCGGUAUCGAUACACAGAGUGGCAAAGUCGUUGCCAUGCUCAAGGCGCACGAGGUCGGAAGUAAAGUGCGAACACUGUAUGCCGGUUGGGAGAAGGGUGGGAAAGAUGAGAUACUGGUCAGCGGCGGGUUCGACAAAAAGAUCUUUAUCUGGAGAGUAAAAGAUUAAAUCUAGAUGAGCAGAGGUCAUGAUGCCCCAGUAAACGAAGCAUCCUGGAGAGUCCGUAGAUUAUGCAUAGGUCGUUACAGUCCAUCCAUUCUUGACACAUAAUGGAUGGACGAAGAUCUGUUCUCUCACCUCUUAAGCCAGCCCUCGGCUGGGAGUCAUCAAUCUCAAC